AUGGAGGAGAAGGUGAACAUCACCAACGGCCGCCUCGAGGCACCUUGCGUCGGUACUCUGGGUGGCAUCUCAUGCCUCGGUGUCACAGCCCUCUGCUUCUCUGACGGCCCGGACGGCGUCCAUGACGAAGACGAAGAGAACCGCGCCAAGGGUAUCGUUGUCGCCAGACUUAAAAGUGUAAUCGCCCUCAUUCCACCCGUGACAUGA